AUGGUUAAGGCUACACCAAGAGCACUUAGCUUGGAAGAAAUAAAAAAAGAAUCUGAAGUGGAUAGUGAGUUAAUUUUAAUUAACAAUUGUUUUAAGACAGGUAACUUUGAUGUAGCUCCUAUUGCAUACAAGGUUAUUAAAACAGAGUUAUGUAUUUAUAAUAAUAUUUUGUUAAGAGGUACAAGAAUUGUAAUGCCUUUAAAGUUAAGACCUAAAGUUUUACAACUUGCACAUGAAGGACAUCCUGGAAUAGUGUCAAUGAAGCAACGGUUAAGAUCAAAAGUGUGGUGGCCAGGCUUAGACAAAGAAGCUGAAAAAUGUAUCAAGUCCUGUCAUGAUUGUCAAAUUGUAUCGCUUCCUAAUCAUCCACCAUUAAUGAAAAGAAGGAAACUUCCAAUGGGUCCAUGGAUAGAUGUUGCGGUUGACUUAUUAGGUCCGUUACCUUCGGGGCAUUAUAUUUUUGUUGUAGAUUAUUACAGUACAUAUUAUGAAAUUGACAUUUUUAAGAAUGUUGAAGCCAAAACAAUUGUUAAGAGUUUGAAGAGAAUUUUUGCUCGCUUUGGGAAUCCUAUUACAAUUACUUGUGAUAAUGGUGGUCAAUUUAUCUCUCAAGAAUAUAAGAGUUUUUGUGAAGAAAAUAAUAUAGAAAUUUAUAAUACUAUACCACUUUGGCCUCAAGCUAAUGGAGAAGUUGAAAGGCAAAAUCGCUCAAUCUUAAAACGGUUAAUUAUUGCUCAGGCUAGUAAGUUGGAUUGGGAAGAUGAAUUACUAAAGUAUUUAUUUAUGUAUAGAAAUACUCCUUAUUCAGUAACGGGUGUAAGUCCAUCAGAAUUGUUGUUGGGAGGAAAUCUAGAGAUAAAUUACCGCAAAUUCAAGGAAUGGGUUUUAAUGAAGAAGUUGAAGACAGAGAUAAAGAAAAGAAGUUUAUAG